AUGGCCAAAUCAUCAAACGAUAUCAGUAGUAGUGAUAGUCAGUUGCAACGGUGCUCGGAGAGAUCCCGUCGGGUCAGCGUUCUUGCAAGCUGUUACAGUGUGAACACUAUCACCUCCACAGUUACUGGGUUCCACUACUGCACCACUACGGGCACCGGAGCACAGUGGUAUCCCUGA